GCCGUAUCCCGCACACUUCACCCCUCCGCACGGACAACAUGUCUGAAUACAGCGCGGUGCCUCCGCCCGGGGCCGGAGCGGCUCUAGGAGCCGGUGGACUCAAGAAAGACGCGUUCGCCGACGCGGUACAGCGCGCCCGGCAGAUAGCAGCAAAGAUCGGCGGAGACGUCAGCGGUCCCUCCAUGAGCAAUAACGGCGGAGCGGAGAGUUACCCCUUCGCUGCCCCGAAGCGAUCGCUGGAGGACGGAGAUCAGCCUGAAAGUAAGAAGAUGGCAUCUGACAGAGACAAUGGCUCAGCCCUGUCUAUCGGAGCCCAGCUGGCUGCCCUUUCCCAGCAGAGUGUACGUCCCUCAUCUAUCACAGAAGAGUACAGAGUCCCUGACGGCAUGGUUGGGCUCAUUUUAGAGGAAAAAUGGUCCUCAUCUCUGCUGAACACCAGCGCUGACGGCACACCUGCUUAAAGCAGCUCCAGUUGUGGCAGCAUGAGAGAGAUCGAAAAUGACUGGGACGUGCGAAGUAAAAGUGCAGAAAGGCAGGGUCUAUUUCAUGCACAACUUGAACAAACUUCAACAGUCAUUGGUCGGGGUGGAGAGCAGAUCAACAAGAUCCAGCAGGAGUCUGGCUGUAAAGUUCAGAUUGCUCCAGACAGCGGCGGUCUUCCAGACAGGAGUGUGUCUCUCACCGGCGGCCCUGAAGCCAUCCAAAAGGCCAAAAUGCUGCUGGAUGACAUCGUCUCUCGGGGGCGGGGCACUCCGCCCUCCUUCCACGAGUCGACCAAUGGGAGCGGCCACAUGCAGGAAAUGAUCAUUCCUGCAGGGAAAGCGGGGCUCAUCAUCGGCAAAGGAGGAGAGACCAUUAAACAGCUGCAGGAGCGAGCUGGCGUGAAGAUGAUUUUGAUUCAGGACGCUUCUCAGGGGCAAAACAUGGACAAACCUUUGCGCAUCAUUGGAGAUCCUUACAAAGUCCAGCAAGCGCGUGAAAUGGUGCAGGAGAUUCUGCGAGAGCGGGAUCAUCCUGGCUUCGACAGAAAUGAGUACGGCUCUCAAAUAGGGGGAGGAAUUGAGGUGCCUGUUCCGCGUCACUCUGUGGGCGUCGUGAUUGGCCGAAGCGGAGAGAUGAUCAAGAAGAUUCAGAAUGAUGCUGGUGUGAGGAUACAGUUUAAACCAGAUGACGGUAGCGGUCCAGAUAAGAUCGCUCACAUAAUGGGUCCUCCGGACCGCUGCGAACACGCAGCCAGUAUCAUCAAUGACCUCCUGCAGAGCAUCCGAGUCCGAGAGGAAGGAGGAGGGGGUCCCCCCGGACCUCCGGGCACAGGCAUGCCUCCGGGUGGGCGUGGCAGGGGGCGUGGCCCAGGAAACUGGGGCCCACCUGGCGGUGAGAUGACCUUUUCGAUCCCUGCCCACAAAUGCGGUCUGGUGAUCGGCCGAGGCGGCGAGAAUGUGAAGGCCAUCAACCAGCAGACCGGCGCCUUCGUGGAGAUCUCGCGCCAGCCGCCGCCCAACGGUGACCCCAACUUCAAACUGUUUACCAUCCGGGGAUCUCCUCAGCAGAUCGACCACGCCAAACAGCUGAUCGAGGACAAGAUCGAGGGUCCUCUGUGCCCUGUUGGACCUGGACCGGGUGGGCCGGGCCCCGCUGGACCCAUGGGCCCCUACAACCCGAACCCCUACCAGCCCGGACCCCCUGGUGGACCACCACACGGGGGUCCUCCUGGCGGUCAGUAUCCUCAGGGCUGGGGAAACACAUACCAGCAGUGGCAGCCACAUGAUCCUAGUAAAGCAGCAGCGGAUCAUAACGCAGCCUGGGCAGCUUAUUAUGCACAGUACUACCAACAGCCCGCAGGGGGCGCUAUGCCCGGACAGACACCUGCAGCCCAACCGGCCGCUCCUGCUCCUGCUGACCAGAGUCAAGCUGCUCCUGGCGCCGCUCAGCCCGACUACACCAAGGCCUGGGAGGAGUACUACAAAAAGAUGGCUCCGAGUUUAGCUGAUGAAAAUCAUCUCUCAUCUCUAUCAGCUGCAGCAGGAGGAGGUGCUGCUCCCGCCGCAGGAGGAGCUCAAGCCACGGGAGCCGCAGCGGCGGGACAGACGGACUACAGCGCCGCAUGGGCGGAGUACUACAGACAGCAGGCUGCUUAUUAUGGACAGACGGGACAGGCCGCGGGACAGCCGGGCGGCACACCACAGGGCCAACAGGCGCAGUGAGGUGGCUGUUGCUGAACUCUCGUCCGUCCUGCUCCUUCCCUGCAUCCUCUCACUCUCCUGGCAAAAGGACUUCUGCUCUUCCUGUUUUGUUUUUCUUUCUCGUGUCCUGCUGAAAAGCUCUGUGACUCUCCUCUGAAGCCAGAUUUCUGUCUUUAUGAAACUAUAUGGCUUCUGCAAACGCUCUCGUUUCUCCUCCUGGAUUUUUGCUGGAUCCACAAACGCUGAUGGACUAAACUCAAACUCUGCCUUCCCCUCCACAAACACUUCGUCCCUCCUCUUCCUCGCAUCAGUGUGACUCAUGGCCAGGAAACACAAGGGAAUGCUUCUUCUGCAACUUCCUCACAUGAGCGUGCACUUCCUGUUUUGCAUUAUUAUUAUUAUUAUUAUUAUUAUUUUUUAAUUAAGUAUUUUUGAGGAAACCGGUACAUUUAGAGAAUCUUCAGAUGUUUAUAACUACCGUUUCAAACUCAAUGAGUAACCAUGUCUUUUUUUUAAUGCCUUUGUUUUUGCUUUUAGUCCUUUUUAAUUUGAUUGUGCUGGAACAUUCCCACUGUUUAACAUGUUCACUUUUUUUCCUUUCUAUUCAUUUAGUGAGUUUUUUAAUGUGAUUAAUUCUUCUCCUGUGAUUAUCAAAUGGGGUUUCAGUGUGUGUGUGUGUGUGUGGGUCGUGUCCUGUGUGUGUAUGAGUGUGUUCUGCUACUGAAACUCAAGCCAUGUGUGUUGCUCCUCACUCUGUGAAAUGAGGGUUUUGUUUUUGUUUUUUUCUUCCCACCCCAAGUUAUUGGAAGUCAUGAUGUUAUAAAUAUAUAAAUUGUAUGUUUUUUUUUUUUUUUUUUUUUUUUACUGCUCGUUUUUAAAAACUACAAAAUAAAUAUCACAAUCCUCAUCCGAUCACAUGACUGCUGUUCAGUCUAAUAUCUUUUUGACAGUCUAGCUUGUUUUUUGAAAUGCAAUCUUUAGCAUUACUUUUGCUCAUUCUUCUGGUUGGUGAUCAAAAGAGCCGCCCAAACAUUUUACUUUAAAAGGCCAAAAAACUAACUUGACUAACAAGGGUUGUGGGAAGAAAGUACAUAUUACAAUAUCUAACUAUACCUUUUUUUUUUUUUUUUUUUUUUUUGUAAUUUUCCAUUUUAUCAAAUUCACUUGUUCUCUGCAUUUCAGUGCCAAAAUAAUAAAAAAAUUGAAAGAUUGAUUUGAAAGGAA